AUGGACUUUCACUGCAGGACAUAGUCUUUUGUACGGACUUCUAAAUUCCAGGAUCGCCUGCAUCCAGCGAAUAAAAUAAUGUAAUAAAUAAUAUCUAAUCAAUACUUUGCGAGUAUGAAUAAUGGCCAUGUGCAAUAUUAUUUUCAUUGAUAUGGUACAAAUUGAUUAUACAGUUAUGUUCGGCUACAUACAACAAUUAGUGGAUAGGUAUGUUAUAAUUGCUAAUACGUUGAACAAAUCAUUUUUUCAAAUUAAUGGCAAAAAUAAGUAAUAUAAAUAUGCGUUGCUUUAUUCUUUUGUUUCAUUUACGUUUAGAAAUUAGCUAUAAUGAGCAAGUUGUACGGUGUUCUGUUGUUACUGGUGGCAACUCAUUGUGUCACGUCAACAACAAACACAUACGUCUACGAAUUUGGCCAGAAUGUCGGUAAUGUGGUGUUCCAGUAUGACGGUAGAAUCCCACUCUUACAACCUGUGACCCACAAAGAUAUCAGUAUACCGCCUGGUGUUACAGUGACGUAUGUACGAGUGACAGUCGACGCGCUCUCUCCACCCAAAGUCGACUUUGAAGCAGACAGAAAUAGAGUUUCUAUCGUGUACAGUUGGACUCAAAUAUCUAUGUCUUCUUACUCAAUAAUUGUUAAAGGUUUCAUAGUAUAAUAUUACAGUUUCUCCAACUACUUUUGAUAAUAAUAUAUAUAUAAAGAAGCCU